AUGACCAAAGAUGUGUGCUCCUAUUGCUCCUCGGACGGCGCAGAUGGGGCAGUCUGGGUUCAGUGUGAGGUGUGCGACCAAUGGGUCCACGUAACGUGCAUUCCCAUCAAAUACCUGACAAACGAAAUGAGAGAGCCAUUAGACUCUUACCCAAAGCUGGCGCGGCAAAUCAAGCGAUUUAGCUGCUCCGCGCAUGGGAGCCCAGUUCUAGAGGUCAAAAGCACAAGCAAAAAGAGAAAAAUAGAACCUACAGCGCCAGCGAAGGUCGGCAAACGACAGGGCUUGCGAAAGAAGAAGCAGGUUGAUUACAUUUCCCUGAAUGAAGGCGAUGACAAGCGGCUGAAAGACGAGCACCCGCAUAUGCAUGCAUUUCUAGCAUGUUUUUCAAAAUGGGAAAACAAGACCAAUGUCAUCGAGAGCUCCAGGCUGGAGCGCGACUUCAACGCCAUCACGAUUCCAAUGAAAGUUCAGGACCCUGAAAAUUCAGGCAUGCGAAUUCCUGAAUAUUCAGAAGGCAGAGCCUUCACAGUGGACACAGUCACUAAGUUCCUGGGUGCAGAUUACCCUGUUGACGUGAUGGACGUGCAGUCGCAGCAGAAUUCAACCUGGUCAAUGUCACAAUGGAAUCAAUACUUUACAGAGACGGCGGCAGAUGCAAGGGACAGGAUACGGAACGUUAUUUCGCUCGAGGUCUCUCAUGUUGAUCAGUUUAAGACAGGGCUGCGGCGGCCCCGUGUCGUUGAAUCUCAUGACCUUGUCGACCUCCUAUGGGAGGAAGUGAAGGACGACAUCCCGAGGCCCAAAGUCACAAAAUAUGUUUUGAUGUCAGUGGGGAAUGCGUAUACCGACUUUCACUUAGAUUUUGCCGGAACCUCGGUGUAUUACAAGGUGAUUUUCGGAUCAAAGAAGUUUAUUUUGUUUCCGCCCACGCCGCACAAUCUUAAGGCUUACGAGAGUUGGUGUGGUAACGACCAUCAAAACCUCAUUUUUCUCGGCGACCAGCUGGAGCAAGGUGUCGCGAUGGAGCUACGAGCAGGCGAUUUGUUCAUGAUCCCUUCUGGGUUCAUUCAUGCGGUAUUCACCCCACAGGACUCGCUAGUCGUUGGGGGCAAUUUUCUUACUCUCAGAGACCUUGCGACACAACUUGUGGUAACAGAAAUCGAGAAGCUCACCAAGGUGCCCAAGAAAUUUACGUUUCCCCAAUUUGAAGCUGUAAUGGGUAAAACAGCAGAGCUGACUCUACAAAAAUCGGGCACUGACGAAGAUUUGGCUUUAAGCAUUGAGAAAGAAGAAGCACUACUGGAAUACAUUAAGACACCGACGUUCAAAUACAAACCUGUAAAUUUUUCAACAAAGAGGGAGCUAAUAUCGCAGUUUCAAAAGCAUAUCGAAGCUCGAAGCGAUUAA